AUGCAAUCUCCCGUGUACUCAUCGGGCAAUUGCUUGAUCUUCAUUCGACUCUGCUCUUCACGGAUACACUGUCCACGAUCCCUCCAACAAACGCGCUCGCUAUCUACCUUUCACACCAGCUGGUUCGAUAAGACCUUUGACCUGCCCGUGGGGAAUAAUGGCAGCAUAUCAAUACGCCUGACGCGAUCCCCAAGUUCUGGGCCUCAGGUCUUGAAACCGGGAUCGAAUGUCAUCAUGUACCUUCCGUCAGGUCCCCUUAGCCGGGAGUAUGCGACUUUUUCGCACGAUCAGGAACAGGAACGGAAGGAGGUGCUUCGGGAAACUGAUCCUGAAGCAAGCACAGGUGAUAACCGAUCAAUGAUAUAUACAUUCAAGGAUAGCAGUGACCUAUCCUUCCAACAAAUCCUAGCCGCGCAAACAUCUGCGACAGUGGUGACGGUGGAUUAUCGACUUGGCGUAUAUGUAUCCUCACAAGACGGCUCAGUGGAUCGAUCCCUUCAAGAUCAAGCUUCUCUGUCAUAUCAAGCAUCCAGCGAGAUAGAUACAGACACCUGUUCUUCCGUGCACUCGGCCAACAAAAUGAUCCAACCAUCCUUCUUUCAAUAUCCGACACCUAUUCACGACACUUUAUCCGCAUUCGACUGGAUACAAACCCAUCUCUCGCCCGCUCAACUGUGCAUCUACGGAUCUCAUAUCGGCGGAUCCCUCGCCUUGAUGCUCUCUCUCACGGAGGCGCAGUCCAUCAAAGCCGUGGCGACUCAUAUGCCGGUCUGCGACUGGACGAGUCUAGAUACGUACUGUACGACGCAACAGCCUGAUUCCGCAGAAACCCACGCUGAAGUCGGCACUAGCAUCGACUCGCACGCAGAAUCUCACCGAAUAAAGCGCGAUUCUUCCACAAAAAGAACUAAGAAGACCAAGUCUCAUUCUGCUGCAGUCACCCCGACAGAUUUAGUCCCGCUACUCAAGGCUCGUCGGUUGCUCUUUUCGUCCCCGGAGCGCUGCUUUGAUGCAUUUGCGUCGCCGGUGCUUUUUCUUCGCUCGGCGGGAAGAGAUGUCCCGCGUGUGUUCCCUGAGUACUUGACUGGGUCGGAGUAUCCUGUUCCCGUGCUGAAGAGCUCGAAAAACACAGUCACCAGGCUGGGUGACGGCGAUGAUUUACUUGUACUCGGUAACCUGUCCAUCCACGAGGCAAAUCAGGGAGGUGAUCUUGAUGCUGCAGAAUCAGAUCAACCGGCUGUUCGGCGACGAAAGGCAUUGUCGCGCUGGCCUCCUUAUGGAUUGGACUAUGGUGCUGGGGGUCGUGGAUGGGGCGGAGUAAGGGUUCGUAGGCUAGAGGUUACUCUGCCGUGGGUGCGGCUUGGUGUGGUAGAUCACGCAGGUAGUGGGAGUGGGAGUGACGGCGGAAGUGGAAAGGGAAGUGGAAGUGUACUUGCGGACCAGGGCGAGGAAAUGGUGUCUAUCAUGCGACGAGCUUGUUUCUUUGGAAAAGAAAAGGGGAUUGGGGAGAAAAGGGUGAUUCUGGAACGAGAGGCAGCGUCUAGCGCUGGGUCGGAGCUUGCGGAAGACGCUGGGCAAUGGUUUGGUCAUAUAUUCAGUGGGAAAAUUCGAGACGAUCUCGAGUAG